AAGGUGUCACUUGAUCAAUUUACUUAUUUCACUGGCAGUUUGUUGAUCAUUUCCUAAUCAAAAUGUCUGAAUUUGAAAUAGAUACAGUGACAAUGAAUAUAAUUGGAACGAUAAGAUCAGGACUGAAGUCUUUUACAUCACGGGACCCAAGCAAUGAAUCCGAAGCCCAGUACUCAAAAACCUCUUUUAAUUUAGAUGCUGGAGCAGAUUUACUUCAAAGAUAUCAAUUAAUAUGGAAAGAGCUACAUGAUAAUACAGAGCAGAAUGCCAAACAGGCUGAGGAGGUUGAUGUAUUGGUAAACAAGUUGUUUGUGGAAUAUGAUAGACAGAAUGAAGUUCUGGGCAGACUUCAUGAAGGAGCAAAAGCACUUCCUCUCAUUCUGAGUGACCUUCAGAAUCUUACAGAUGUUCUAGCCGUACUUGAUGAAGAGUAUGACAGAGUUGAGGCAGCUCUGAUACAGUUAGAGAAUAUCUGUGAGGAGCAGGAACUACAGAAUGCUAAACUACUGGACUCCCAAAAGUUAGCAGCAUAUCGCAACAGAAAAAUGAAUGAAUUAGAAAAAUUAAAAGUUCAACUUGCAAAAGAGCAUGUGAAAAAGAUGCAAAAAGUAGAAAAACACAAACAGAUCAAACUGAAAGAACGACAAGAAGCAUUCCAGGAUGCAUUUGACCAGGACGUAGAUUAUUACAGAACACAUGGCAGGCUAGAGCGUUUAUCAGUAUCCAGUUCAGACAGUGGAAAGAAAGCAGAUUUGGGAGACAUUGUUGUAGACUCGGACCCUGAAGGUCUAGAUGAAUUCCUUAAUGACACGGACACCACACCCUCUGCUGAAACCGUAACACAAUCUACAGAUAAAACUGAGGAAACUGUCAGCGAUGAUGAAGAUCCCAUUAUAGUUAGGAGUACCGAUGAUGUUGAUAUUGAGGAUGAGUACUAUGAAGAUGACCUUGGGGCCUCCCAUGGGGACCAGGAACAAUAUGUAGAUUCAGAGGAUAUGACAGAAGAAAGCGAUAUAGAAAAAAACAAUACGAGGGACACCAGAGAGUGAAAAUUGACUUUCAAAAGCAUUGAAAUAUAAGAAAGAAAUCUUAUUGUCAGUGACAUACAUGUAUAAACUAUAAUACACAUCAAAUAAUGUAUGUAUUUGUUGAAUGUUGUAGAAAAAUUAAAAAGAUUUACAAAAGUU